UCGCGAGAUUUAGUCCGACCAGCGGACGAUAGGAGCAGCUGUGGGUGCAGCUAGCAGGCUGCAUCUGGAAGGAAGCGGAAAUAAAAUAUAGAAUUUUAAAAGAAAGGGAUAGAUAAUAGCCAUAGAGGCUCAUAUACACACGCUAAAAGCAAGAUAUAAGGUUUAGGUGCAGCAAACCCGAGAGUCUAACCUGAACUAUUCCUACUAAGCAAAAGGGUACCUGAUUGCAACCGUUAUAUGAGGAUCUAGCCGCCGAGGAACGGCUUGCCGACGGGAGGAAGGACUCUGAGAAAACGACCGUGGGAUUCUGGAUUUGUUGUUGCUACUUUUUAUAUAGCGUCUUCGUCUCCGCUCACCAAGGAAUAAACCGCUGCACAACACUGUACGCAUUCCCAGUACCUGUUCCACAGAGGCGCGCAGGUGUUCAAAAUCCCACACUAUGGAGGCCAUUGCCAAAUACGAUUUUAAAGCAACUGCAGACGACGAGCUAAGUUUCAAACGUGGAGAAGUCCUAAAGGUUUUAAAUGAAGAAUGUGACCAGAACUGGUACAAGGCUGAGCUCAACGGGAAAGACGGAUUCAUCCCCAAAAACUACAUAGAGAUGAAAGCUCAUCCGUGGUUUUUCGGGAAGAUCCCGCGGGCCAAGGCGGAGGAGAUGCUGAACAAACAGAGGCACGACGGGGCCUUCCUGAUCAGGGAGAGCGAGAGCGCGCCGGGAGACUUCUCCCUGUCCGUCAAGUUCGGUAACGACGUGCAGCACUUCAAAGUCCUCCGCGACGGGGCGGGGAAGUACUUCCUGUGGGUGGUGAAGUUCAACUCGCUGAACGAGCUGGUGGACUACCACCGCUCCACCUCCGUGUCCCGAAACCAGCAGAUCUUCCUGCGGGACAUCGAGCAGGUGCCCCAGCACCCCGCGUACGUCCAGGCGCUGUUCGAUUUCGACCCCCAGGAGGACGGGGAGCUGGGCUUCCGCCGGGGCGACUUCAUCCAGGUCCUGGACAACUCCGACCCCAACUGGUGGAAAGGGGCGUGCCACGGGCAGACGGGCAUGUUCCCCCGCAACUACGUCACGCCCGUCAACAGGAACAUGUGAACCAAACCCUAAACAAAACGCCCCGCCCCCUGCCCCGCCCCACCCCGCCCCGCCCUCGCAGAUCUGCUGCAGCACGGAAGAACAGAGGGGGCGGGGCUUCCGACGGAAGACCACCCUUGACCCGAAUACUGAGAACGUUCGCUCCCAUGGUGAACGCCGCCGGCACCCCCGGACUGGCCGACAAGACAAAAAGAAGAAAGAGAAAAAAACAGAAAAUGAAACAUAGUGCACCGGAAUCCUGCUUUUAAAAGAGAGAAAUGAUUUUACCUGUUAAUUCCCUCACCUGCUUCCACUUCUCCUCCGUUUUAUCCUCCUGUGUUUCUUUCCGCAUGUUUUACACACAGAUGAUUCCUAAUGCUGUUUAAAACAAAUUGCAAUUAAAAAAAAAAAAAAGAACAGAAAAUUAUAACUACUAAAAAAAAUAUAUAUAACAUAAAUUGUAAAAACUUGAUGCUCAACUGCAGCAAGCCUCCCAAGACGGAGACCAACAGCCCACAAGCAUUUAACAUCAGACAUGGGCUCUCAACAAAUCACAUACAGAAAUUCCAAUUUUUUUAAGAAUAUUUUUGUGUAUGUGUGUAUGUAUGUUUACACACAUGCAGUGUGUGCUUGUGUAUGUGGUAUGUAUGUUUACACACAUGCAGUAUGUGUGCUUGUGUGUGUGUGUAUGUAUGUUUACACACAUGCAUUAUGAGUGCGUGUGUGUGUUUGUUUCAGCUCUCCUCUCAGUGUGUUAUGCUUUUUGUUUUGUUUUGCGAUUAUGUAAAUUGUGUAAUGCUUCCUGCUAGUCUGGGUAGGACCUGGGCUGCUCUGGGAUCUGCUGAAAUGCCCGUGCAGUUGUCCUCAAUUAUCUGAAUCCGCUCAGAUAAAACAGAAAAAAAAUAUUUAAGGCGUAGAAACUCGGCUUUCAGAGGUUUCUUCUCGGCCAGCGAAAAGAAAAGAAAAGGAGCGCGUUCAGGCUCGUCCUGCAGGAGCUGGAAUGAGUGAAAUCGUGUGUUAAAGUGGCCGCCUUUCCACCGUGUAUUUAUUGCAGGUGUUUCGCUGUAGGAUCCAGAAUGUAGCGGUCGCAAGUCAACAAGACAUCGACACCAGGGAAGUGCAGUCUGAACUGAACACAACUGCAAGUGACUGCAGAAACAAGCCAGAUUUCACUAGCUAUAUGUAUAUGUAUAUAUGUGUGUUUGUGUGUGUGUGUGCAUGUGUGUGUGUAUAUACACACACACCAUACACAUAAAUUAAUAUACACACGUACACUGUAUUAAAGUACAUGACAAGGUGUAUUUGGAUAAUCAAAUAAUUUCCAGUAAGUCUCUGGCCUGGAAACAGUGUGCAUUGAGUCUGUCUGUGAUGGUGUUUGUUCGGUCUCGUAUGUUGAAUGGUUGAGCACUUCUAUGUUGGUGUUUUUGUCCUAUGGAUAGUGCCUUUCCUAUCACCGCGGUCUCAGUUUCUUAGGCCUGCUGGGAAAUGCGGUCCAGCCAGCCCUGCAGUGACAGGAAGUGUAAAUAGCCAUU